AUGGCUGGACCUGGUGGAGUAUCUCCUGCGGGAGGAGUUGAAAUCUCAUACGGAGAAGCAGGCUACAAGGGCCUCUUUAGAGAGCCGUACAUCCUUUCUCUGGCAUGUUUUGCAAGUAUUGGCGGUGUUCUUUUUGGCUACGACCAAGGUGUCAUCAGUGGCGUGUUGGUAAUGAACAACUUUGUGCGUCACCCGUUCUCAUCUAAAGCCAACGACGAUACGCUACAAGGAUGGAUGGUUGCCGUACUCACUUUGGGUGCCAUGUUUGGUGCCCUCGCUAAUGGACCAAUUGCCGAUCGAUUGUCCAGACGGUGGUCUAUUCUUCUUGCCAACAUCAUCUUCCUCAUCGGAUCCAUCAUUCAAGCUGCUUCGAUCAAUAUCCCCAUGAUCUUUGUGGGCCGAUUCAUCGCUGGUCUUUCGGUUGGUCAGCUCUCGAUGGUGGUGCCUUUGUAUCUGAGUGAAUUGGCACCUCCCAAUUUGCGCGGCAGUCUCGUUGCCAUGCAGCAACUUGGCAUCACGGUCGGAAUCAUGGUUGCGUUUUGGCUCGAUUACGGGACUCAGCACAUCGGCGGGACUGGGGAUGGACAAUCACCUGCGGCGUGGCGUUUUCCCCUUGCUUUCCAGUGCGUCCCUUCGGUGAUUCUAGGAGCCGGGACCUUCUUCUUGCCUUAUUCGCCUCGAUGGUUGGUAAUGAAAGACCGCGAAGAGGAGGCCCGGGCGACUUUGAUUCGCAUUCGUCGAGUUCCCGAUACAGACGACCGUAUUAGACUGGAGCUUCUCGAGAUCAAAGCGGCAGCCAUGUUUGAUCAGGAAACGACGGCAGCGAUGUACCCAGGCAUUGAAUCUCCUGUUCGAAUCGCCUUUGAGAGAUACAAGUCGCUCUUCACCGUCCGCCAUCUCAACCGUCGCUUGGUUAUCGCCUGUCUGCUCCAGAUCAUCCAGCAAUUUACUGGAAUCAACGCCAUCAUUUACUACGCUCCCCAGAUCUUCCGCAAGAUUGGAUUGUCUGGAAACUCCAUCGACCUUCUUGCAACUGGCGUAGUUGGUGUAAUCAAUUUCUUUUCGACGAUUCCAGCCAUCAUGUUUAUGGAUCGUUGGGGCCGCAAGAAAGUCCUCAUCAUUGGUGCCGUCGGGAUGAGCAUCUCUCAAUUGAUCGUCGGUACCAUAUCUGCCGUGUACAAAGAUUCCUUGGCGAAUCACCCCGCGGCUGGAUGGGCGUCGGCCGUCUUCAUUUGGCUCUACAUUUCCAAUUUUGCAUUCAGCAUUGGGUGUGUCAACUGGAUCAUGCCGUCUGAGAUUUUCCCACCAGGAGUCCGCUCUCAGGCAGUGGGCGUGGCAAUUGGAACCAACUGGUUGAGCAACUUCAUUGUUGCCCUUAUUACCCCUCGCAUGCUCUCUGCCAUCGAAUUUGGCACAUUUUACUUUUUCUUUGGUUUCUGUCUCUUCCUCGGAGUGUGGGUCUAUUUCUUCGUCCCGGAGACCAAGGGAGUCAGAAUUGAGGAAAUGGACAAGCUCUUUGGUGGCAAUCAGGGUGUGGAGGAUAUGCAGCGAAUUGCAAACAUCCGUCUGCAGUUGGGAAUAGUGAGCGGAGAUAUGGAGAAGGACAAGGCUGGACAUAUUUCUACCUCUCAGGUUGAGUCCAUCUGAUUAUCAGUGACCGACCUGAGAUUAUCUACAACCGAUCUUGACCUUAAGUCUACCUAACGG